AUGCCUUUUAAAUUUUAUCAAACACUGUUUGUCGCUAACAGUAGCGUUUUAUGCGGAGUUUCGCUGGAAGAUCUCGAAAAAAUAUUCCUUCCUUACGAUGACUCUUGCAAGUUUGUUGUCUUUCCACGGUACCGAUCCUAUUCGUUUGUAGAGUUUUCCACUGCGGAGAAAGCCGAAGAAGCCUUGAGAAAUUUACAAGGGAAGGUUCCAUGUGAACUGAAAUCCGAUGCACUACCAUUCUACAUAGCGUUUGUCGAUGGGGUACCAAAGGCGUCAAGGACGAGCAUACGGCAGUUACCUCCUGGUUUGAAACUUUUAAAAGACUUUGUCAGCACAGAAGAGGAAUCCAGGCUGAUUGAGCAUAUACAAUUAUGCCUUAAUUCACAAAAACGAUUGAAGUCGCGCAGUGUAGUGCAUUUUGGGUACCAGUUUGAUUAUAACAAAAACGAUGCCUCUAGCUCAGCAGAGUUACCAAUGCCAUCAUGUUGUGACUUCGUUAUUGAUCGUAUGAUGAGAGAAGGAAUUUUCAAGGAAAAGCCGGAUCAGCUGACGGUGAACAUUUAUGAACCUGGCGAUGGAAUACCAUCUCAUGUCGAUGUACAUUCACCUUUUGGAGACACUAUUGUCGCACUAAGUUUAAUGUCAGAUAUUGUGAUGGAGUUCCGCGAUGGAGCAAAUACGGCUACAGUUAUCGAAACCUUGUUACCGCGUUUUUCUCUUUUAAUUAUGCAGGGAGAGUCGAGAUACCGAUGGAAACACGGGAUCAGAAAGAGGAAAUAUGAUAUUGAUCCUGAGAACCAACGUUUGUUCAAAAGAAAUAUUAGAGUUUCUUUCACUUUCCGAAAAGUAGCACACCAGAAAUGUCACUGUCAGUUCAUAGAAUAUUGUGACUGGGACAGGGACGGCACAAUGAGAAUUCCUGAGGAUGAUGAACAUGGCAAGGAACUGGAAAGCCAAUAUGUUGCUUCAGUUUACGAGUCAAUUGCUGACCAUUUUGAUGUAACCAGACGCUCACAGUGGAAUGCAGUAAAAAAUUUUCUAGCUAGUCUGCCUCCAGGAAGCGUGCUGUAUGACACUGGUUGUGGAAAUGGCAAGUACCUUUCGCCAGAAGGGAAUCUGGUCAAGUUGAAGGUUGGUUGUGACUUUUCCGAAAAACUUUGCCUGAUAGCUCAUAGGAAAGGCAGUGAAUUGGUUCGUGGAGACGUGUUAGCUUUGCCCUUCAAAGAUGAAUCAGCUGACGCCGUGCUUUCUAUAGCUGUUAUUCACCACCUAAGUACGGAGAACAGAAGGAUAGCUGCAGUAAAAGAAAUAUUACGGUGUUUACGACCGGGCGGCAGAGCUUGCAUAACAGUGUGGUCAAUGGAACAAAAACUGCGCGGGUCAACUUCUGAAUAUUUUAAGAUGCGCAGUAAUAAGCGGGAUGUUCAAGUUAAUAAGACUUGCAUUAAAAAUCGCUGGGAUAGUGGUGGACGUUUACGGGUACACGAGGGCAGAAAUUUCACACAGCAGGACAUGCUGGUGCCGUUUCAGGGCAGUGACCAGAGACAAUUUUUGAGGUAUUAUCAUCUUUUUGUAGCUGAGGAGUUGGAAAGGACGGUGAGCUCUGUCAGGUCUUGUGAAGUUGAAAAAAGUAUGUAUGAACAAGGAAAUUGGAUAGUAAUUGUUAAGAAGCUGUAA